UGGGUAAUAAGACAUGUCUGCUCCCUGUAGGUGAGAAUCAGCUCACCUAAAUGUGAUAACUGAGUAAACUCAAGGAUUUUUGGAUUUUAUGGGGUGGAUUGGUUUAAACAGCCACCGUGAAGAUGUCGGAAAACACCCAGAAGGAGAGCGCGCCUGGACACGGGCUCACCAGGGAUGUGAUUGCGGAAAUGUUGAUGAAGAAUUUCCAGAAACUGCCUGACAUCGAUCAGAAACUUUUUAGCUACGGAUCGCUGUACCUGGGGGGAAACGCCGGACUAGCGGGACUGAUCUCCAACAGUCUUUACCGCAGAGCUCUGAACGUGACGCAGGCGCGGGUCUCCACCAUCCUGCCGAUGGCGGCGCUGCCCUUCCUGACCACAUGCGCCCUGUACAACGCCACCGUGUCUAACCCGCUGAUGUCCGGGGACCUCCUCUGCCCCACCUGCUGCAUAAUGCGAGGCGCGCUGGUCGGACUGGUGGGCGGCUGCCUGUACCCCAUCGUGCUGGCCUUGCCUCUGAACAUCGGCCUCGCCUCCAGGUACUCCACCACCCCGAUGCCGGAGAAGGGCACCAUGCUGCGCUUCAGCAUGGAGGUGUCCAGACCGGUCCUGAGGAAGAUGAGGGCGGUGAUGCUGCUGCAGGCCGUCUUCGGCAGCUACCUGGGCACAAAGCACUUCGACAUUUACGCCAAACUUGCUGAGAUCACAUUUGGACGUGGCGAGGAAUUACGUGAUUAAAAUGCACUGAACUGAUUUUGUUUGUUUGUUUGUUUCUGCAUUGAUAUAAAGAUGAUUCACAGUUUUACAUGACAUCUAUCCUGAGAUUGUUUCCCCAUAAAUAAAAUUAAAUGUUGCUUACCUUUU